GACAAAAGUGAGGAUCACGACUACGGUCUUAUUCUUCUACCAGGUCAUGGUAAUUCUGACGACGGGUUUGGUUGGUCAACGAUCGUUCCAGAUAAUGAAUUGAACAACCGACUUAUCACCAUCUGUGGAUUUCCAGGCGACAAACCACUCAACACUAUGUGGAUCACUGGACGACAGAUCAAGAGAUACACUGCAAACUUGCUCUACUACGAUAAUGUCGACCCGAAUGCUGGUCAAAGUGGAAGUCCAGUGUACACGUGGUAUGGUGGCUAUUGGACAGUGCUCGGUGUCGAUGGCGUCGGUGUCAAUUCCGAUAACUCAGCUGCGCGUUUUACAGUAGAAAUGAUUUCCCGUUUUCUGCGACGUAUGAAUUCCCUGAACCCAGUAACCUUAAUGUCUGUUACAUUCCCCGAUGUCUACAUGCGCUGUGAUGGGAAUGGAGUCACCAAACAUAAAGCUAAAGGAUCGGGUAUUGUUAACUGCCAGUACAAACCGCCAGGUACUUAUGAGAAAUUUUACAUCAUUCCAGUGGAAACGAAACCUUCGUCUGCUUCGGAGCAUCCCUUUACAGUGGCGUUAGAAAGUGCCGAGUUCAGCAAUGUUUACGUCCGCAUGGACAGCGAAGGCAUGAAUGCCCCCCAAAGUCCUGGAGGGGGUGUGGUAAACUGCCAGGCUAGCGUAGGCUCCUGGGAGUCGUUCGUGAUGGUAAAGCAAUCGAGUGGUGCCUGCUCGUUUCGUAGUGUCGCGUUUCCUCACUGCUUCAUUCGGAUGGAUGGCAGGAACGUAACUAAAAAUACCGGACCUGGAGCUGGUGUCGUCAACUGCCAAUACUAUUCUAAUCCUUCUGAUGUAACUGAUUGGGAAUUGUUUUACGUGAAUGGGUCGUAA